AAAUAAAUUUUUUUCAAAGUUGAAGCAUCCAAAACAUCAUCAAUUUAUUUGUUGGUGUGUCCUCAACACUAAAAAUCAAACUUUAAUUUUUAUUUCUGUUAUUGGACAAAUUUAUUUAAUUUCUUUUUCCUCCGAAGAAUUGAGGGUUGAAUGUGUUCUACAAAAAAUUAAAAAUAAUACAAAUUGUACAGCAUUAGCCAUUACAACUAAAAAUUUUGAAGAAAAUCCAAAAAUAGCGGCAGGAUUAAAUAAUGGAGAGAUUCAGGUGUGUUUUUUGACGAGUUAUCAAAACGACAUUUGCGGAUAAACUUUUGCGGACUGACCGCAAAAGACCAAGUUCAGUCCGCAACCUCGGUCCAGUCAUGUGCGAAAAUGUCAUGUCCGCAAAUAUAUUUUCUAUAAUCCCUUCAAAUGACCGACUACCAAAAUGGUCAAAACAAUUGAAUAUUUGUUUAAACAAUAUUCACAGUAAUUCAAUACAGUGCCUUAAAUGGAUAGUAAUUAAUGAAGAAAAGGAAGGGAAUGAUUUUUUGGUAUUUUUAUGUUCUGGAAGUUUGGAUGAAAAAAUUGCUUUUUUACAAUUAUUAAAUUUAUGA